CUUAAUAAUGCCUUUUAAAAUAUGUAUAGCGCAUUUUUGCAAGCUUCUCAAUCUACUCGUUUGUUUUAAUUUUUCGGUUUCCGUUGAGGUGGAAUAGCGUCAAAGACUUUUUUGUCUGUGGAUUGCUGUGAAGUGACGCUGUCAUGGUGGCAUAUCAAUCAUUUCUAUGUCAGAGAUUUUCACAAUCAAGUAACGGCCAAAUUCGUGCAUUUAAUCCUUUAUAUAUUGUUACUCAGCUUAUUUGAUCGUAUAUAACAUUAUAUACGUCGGUAUAUUUCAAUGUGUAAGGCGCCAUGGCAAUGUUCAACGAGUUGACGUUCUCAGCGACGAGUCAACCGAAGCCCGCUUUGGCCAAGUUACGGAACAUCCUGAACACUCCUCGCUUCUGCACAGUUUGCUACGAGUCUGCGGUGCAGCUCCACGACCUAGACAACUGUCCUCUCGUGGAGGAGAGCGAAUACCUCUGCAACCUAACCCUGCGGCAAAUACUGCACGAGUUGUUUCAAGACGCGGGUUCCCAAAUCAUUCUCAGCAAGUAUGUCUGUGCACACUGUCAGCUCAAGCUUGUUUACUCCUAUCAAUUUAUACGCACCACACAAGACAGAGCCAACAACUUUCACUAUUACCUCACUCAGCUUGACUCGGAAACCGUAGACCUGCUCAACUGUAUGGAAGACAACCCAGCCUGCGCUAACGCUGUCAUAGUCUUGGAAGAAACAGACUCCAAUGAAAAUGGGUUAGACCAACUUGAGAAAUUCAAAUGGCACAAUAACCAGCCUGUCAAAGAAAAAGUCCAUGUUAUUGAGCGUCCUUCAAGGCAUUUAAUAACGAAAAACUAUGUGUGUGGAUACUGUGACAAGGAAUUCUGUGAUAAAAAGUUCCUUUUAGCACAUUUAAAUACUUGCGGCUUGUGCAAAACUAAAGCAGGGUUUAAUGUAGAAAGUGUUCCUUUUAAAAACAUCUUAUGCCCAAAAUGCAAGAAGAGACCAUGUGAGCAUGAUAAGUUUAUUAAACACUUUUUAGAGCAAAAAAAGGACAAUGUUCCGAAGAUAAAAUGCUUAGAAUGUCCUUAUACCGCAACUAUGCUGCAAACGCUGAUAUCCCAUGUUGAUAAAAAACAUAUGGACGAGUUAGCUGAUAACUGUGAAUUAUGUGGCAAAUUAUUUUACUUGAGAGAACAGUAUUUUAGUCAUUUCGAUACAUUCCACCCAGACUACAAAAUCUGCUUUUACUGUAGCUGUGUUAUUCCCAGUGAGAGCUUGUAUGAGCAUGAAGCAGAAUGCACAGUCGCCGAGAAAACUUACAGUUGUGACAAAUGCCCUUCUAAAUUUGAAAACGACAUGCAAGCUUCCAUACAUGCUAUGGCACAUGAAGAUAUUCCAAAGAAACCCAAAAGAAUUGUUCUGAAGCGGUCCUACUCCUGUCCGCUAUGCAAAGAAACAUUUACGGGUAAACUGAAAUUGCAGAAACAUUGCAAUGACGCCCACGGAGUGGAAUCAUACAGAAACAACCAUUGUCAAUUCUGCAAUAUCAAAUUUAUAACAAAAAAGGAGUACUUGUUGCAUAUGCGUGAGAUGCAGCACUUUGCUGAAAUUAAUCCGAAUCAUAGUUAUCGCCACAAAUGUCAGUAUUGUGACUACACAGCAAGACAUGGUUUCAUUUUGAAGACCCAUAUGAACCGUUAUCAUUUAAAAGUGAUGCCGUUUGAGUGUGAUAUUUGCAACAAAAGAUUUUUAGAUAAAAGAAAGCUAAAGGCUCAUAUAGACAGACAUAUGGGGAAGAAUAAGAUAGUGUGUUCUAUAUGUGGAGAUACGCUUGGGAGCACAACGGCACUUAUUAAACAUACAAGAUUACAUACUGGGGAGCGACCAUAUCCAUGCCAUCUGUGUGAUGUUAGCCUAAAUUCAGCUAGCGAACGUAAAUUCCAUAUCUUACGGAAACAUACAGAGAAGACCCACCCGUGUCCGAUCUGUGAAACCAAGUUUCACACACCAUACUUUGUUCGAAGGCAUAUUCAGCAAGUGCAUUGGAAGAGGAAAGAAAAGUUUGAUCACACGAAGGUAGAGGGACUGAAGCCGGAACAUUAUGAACUGUUCAGAGAUAGGAGAAUGGUUGUUUUAUAAUAAAGAUAGAAACCAUAUUAUUGCUUAAAUUAAUUUGUUUUAAGUAGUAUUUAUUCAGGAUGAUUUUAUUUGUAAGUUAUUGAAUAGAUAAAAAUUGCCGUUGCUUCUUUUUAAUGCUAAAAAAACGGACCUUAAAAAGCCGACAAUAGAAAAUGUUGGCACGCUGAUUAUUGUUUUAACUUCGCGCUUCUUUUUAAAAACAAAAUUAUUGGAAAAACAAUGUUUUAUGUUAUGCUGGGUUUCCAUGUUGCCCUGCUUCGAUAGCACACAUAGUUUUAUAAGAGCCAAUUACAUCCAAACGGGCCCGAUGUUAUAUUGCAUAUAUUAAAAAUAUUGCGUCAUUGUUUAAGUAUUUCUUAAAUAGCUGGAUUAGUCAAGCAUUUUUUACUGUCUUGAAUAGCUUUUAAAAAAAUACAUGUGGCGCCAAAUUGAAAUGUCAGCAAUUUUUAUUUCAUAGAAAUCAAACAAAAUGAUCAAAGUAUUUUUUUAUUGAUUAUUCGUUGUACAUAAGCGACUAUAAUUAUAUAAUUAUAUUCAAACUUAACUUAGAAUAUCUUUGUAAAACAAAAUGUCUUCAAUUAUUAGAAAUCCAUACAGUUAUCAAUUCAUGCAAAGUUUAUAUUUUAAACUCAUUUGCUAUUAAAAUAAGCAAAUGCUGAAACACUGAUUUCCUUUUCGCAAUUGGAAGAUUUAAGUAUCAUUUUCUUGGAAGAACUAUAUUUAACAACGUAAAUUGAAAUCUUUUGCCAAUUUUAAACUAUCGAAAUAGUCACUUACAAUCACAUUUACAUCUUGUAUUAAGUCUUAAUUUAAUUUGUGUGUUUUUGUUUACAUAUAAAGAAAUAUACUUUCGAGUAAUGCA